AUGCUGUUCAUCCUCGCCCUUCUCGCGGCCGCGCCGCUGGUGUCAGCCCAUGGCGCCGUCACCAGCUAUAUAAUCGGCGGCAAGGAAUAUCUAGGUUAUGAGGGGUUCUCACCCGUUCCCAACGCUCAAAUUAUCCAACGCCAAUGGCCCGACUACAACCCCAUUAUGACAGUGUCGGACGCCAAGAUGACCUGCAACGGCGGUACCUCCGCGCCGAUCUCCGCCACCAUCGCGGCGGGCGAGAACAUCACGGCUGUCUGGAAGCAGUGGACACACCAACAAGGGCCCGUCAUGGUGUGGAUGUACCCGUGCUCUGACUUCAAUGCGUGCGACGGCAAGGGCAAGAACUGGUUCAAGAUUGACCAGGUGGGCUUGUGGGGAGACGUGCUGAAUAGUAACAACUGGGGCACUGCGCUCGUGUACAAGGAUCUCAAGUACUCGAGCCAGAUCCCUAAGAACAUUAAGCCGGGAAAGUACUUGAUUCGGCAUGAGCUGCUUGCUCUUCACCAGGCCAACACGCCGCAGUUCUACCCUGAGUGCGCCCAGAUCGAGGUCACCGGGUCGGGAACAGCAGUUCCUAGUGGGGCUUUCCUUACUUCCAUUCCUGGUUAUGCUGCUCAAAGCGAUCCCGGUGUUAUGGUUGACAUUUACAUGGGUAAGGCGACCACGUACACCCCACCUGGACCGGCUGUUUGGACUGCAUGA